AUGGCUUCUGAACUUGUGAAGAAGACUCAGAGUAUCACCACAGCAAAGGACAUGAGAGAGUCCACCCAGCUCAUAAUGAAACCUUAUGCCAACUGGGAGGAGUACCUCACACCAGCACCACUUUCCAUAGCUAUACUAGGAGAGCUGGUCUUCAUUUCCUCUUCAACUGAUUUCUCUAUCAACAAAAACCCACCCAAAGAUGGCUACAAGCACAUCAAAUACCCAGAGUCAUUCCGUGCCUGCCUCAUGCAAGUGUGUAACUCUGGCUGGUGGGCUUUUAAUGAAGCCCAUAAGAAUAUGGAUCAGAUCCGCCUUCACACUUCCACUGUACCAGCCUACAUGAAGACUGCAGUGAAGAUCCUGUUUCAGGGAAGUGAUGAGGUUGUCCAGGCCCUCCUACCUGACCAGCUGGAGAAUAUUCGGGUUAUUGCAGAUGACUGUGUGCAGUUGGCCUGUGCAGCAGAACAAAAGUUUACUGAUGUCAUCAAUAUCAUUCAAGAACUCCUGGAGGCAUGUGUGAAUGCAGAACAUUUUUAUGGGGAGGAGCUGAAUGAAAUAAAAAGGAAACUGGAAGAGGCCAAAAUGAGGGAGCAAACAUCGCGAGAAGCCAAUGAAAGAUCUAAGAAAGCAAUGAAGACAAUGGAGAAGGAAUUGGCAGAUGCGCAAGAGAAAUACAGCAAAGCAAUCGAUUCACUUCCUAGUGGAUGGGAAAUGAUUGGUAUGGAUUUCGUUGAGGGAAUAAUAGAAAGUGCGACAAGUCUAACAAAUGGACUAAUGUCUGUUACUACCUGCCCUGAUUCACAAAUGUGUCAAGCAUCAACAAUGAAGGAUACAUGCGAUAACACAGGAGUUAAGGAUGAUGCAGCAGAUGAAGUUGAUAAAAUAAACAUCAUUAGCAAGUCUGGAGAAAUUCUUCGGGCGGCAGAAAUUCUUGGAAAAUUCAUCAAAGGGGAAGAUAUCAAGUGGAAAAAGUUGUAUGACCAGAAGAAGAAGAAAACAAACACAGAUUUUGCAGCAGAGCAGUUUAAACGGAUUCAAAGUGACUUGCAAAGGUCCCCAGAUUGCGCCCCAAAACAAGAAGCUCUACGCUUAUGUGAAACUGGAAUUAACAUCUGUCAGCAGCUUGCAGAGUAUGCACCUGAAGGUCAGUGUAGCAAAGAAAAAACGGCGGAGAUCAUCUGUGAUUGGAAAGCGCUCAUUAAAUCAGCUCGUGCUUUUGACAGCAAAAGCAAGAAUGCCACAAAGUCUCCGUCCAUGACUUCAAAACCACCAAUGAUGUACCAACAGGAGAAUAAGACUGAAGGGUCCGGUAAAAAGUCUGCAAGUCAAAGGGCGACAGAGAACGCUCACUUCCGUAUUGAGCAGACUAGAGCACAACUGGACAAGACAAGAGAGACGUAUGAGAAGUGUGUGGAGAACAUGGAGAAGAACCAGAAGGAGCUGACUGACAUUUUGAUCACCAUGAGAAAGUGUGAAGUCAAGGAGAUUGACUUCAACACCACCAUAGAAAUGCUGGUCAAAGGUAUGGAUGCCAUGGGUAGAGUGAAGGAACAAUGGGAGAAGAUGGUACGCUUCUUUCAGAUGGUGUCCAACAUCGUGAAGGUCAGCCUGAACAAAACACUCCACAAUUUUGUCACAACAUCUGAGAAGACACAGAAACUGUCUUACAAUGCCAAACUGUUCUCAAAAGACCAGCUCUACAACCAGGCCUUCCAGGCAUCCAACAUCGCCAGUCUUGUCCAUAUGAUCUCAGAGACCUACACUGAGGUGUCCACCAAGUACCUGAUGGACAGAGUCAGUAGUUUGGGCAAACUCAUGGCCAUGGAUAAGAGUAAGCCAGAGUUUGAACAAGAACGUCGACAGCUACAGAAUGGGUGUGAUGAGGCACAGAAAGGUAUUCUACAACUGGUCAUCAAGAACAAAAAAGCUUUUGAGAGCAGUGCUGAUGCAAGAUUAGAGAAGAUUGAGGGGGAAUUGCUGGCCAUUCUUCCAGCUGCAGCACCAGAAGAAACCAAGGCCAUUAAAGAAGCUGUUGUUGCUGGAAUGACUGAAGAGGAAGAAUCAAACUACUGCUGA